AUGGCGAUGACACCAGAAAUUACAGUAGAAAAAGCUUCCAUUGCACCAGAAACUCCAGAAAAUCAACGUCGCCAAUAUAACAGAGUUAAACAACAACAAGGACAAUUGCUGGAACCACAGCAGAGUUCGUCAUCCUAUGAUUACUGCCAUUAUUAUCAUGAUAAUUCAGAUCAUCGGCAGAAUGCUUCUCCAUCCAAACAACAGUCACUUUCAUCACCCUCCGUUACUUUAUCAUCACCAAAACUGACAUUUCGUGAAUCGCUUCGUGACUUACAUGUUCCCAAAAUUUGGUCUAACUUACGAAAAUCAGCUUCUGAAAUAAGUCUAGUCUUGGAAGCGAUGCGUUCCGGAUCUUUACAAACGCAUGGAAUACCACCUUUACCAGGUAUUACGGUUGGCGGUGUUACGGUUGGCGAUAAUGCUCCCAAGUCGAUCCGUGUUUCGGCAGUGAAAAAACGAAAACGUCGUAAAGCAUUAGUCAAGUGGCAAAAUUAUUCACCGCAUCAUCUCAACGAACAAAUACGAUAUGUGCAAGAAGAAAAAGCGAUGCAGGCAGCACCAUCAGCGCCCAUUGAUGCAUCUAAAUUUGUUGCAUAUGUUACGGAACGACGGAAAAAGAGGAUUUUGUUUAAAGGAGAAUAUAUUAUGAUAUUACGUUCGGUGAAUCCGACCAAAUGUCGAUGUGAUAUCGGUCAGGCAAUGGAGAACCGUAAUCAAUUCCCUGAUACGCUGCCAUAUGAUUACAAUCGUGUCAUACUACGUAUGCUCCCUGGCGACAAAAAUUCCCACUACGCUAAUGCUAGCUACGUCAAUAGUUGGCUACGUGAGAAGGCUUAUGUUGUAACGCAAGCUGUUAGGACCAAACCCGCAAUAGCGGAAUUUUGGAGAUUGAUUUGGGAACUUGGGUCAAAUUGUAUAGUUAUGUUAACUAAAGUUUUUGAUUUUAUGCGGGUCAUGUGUCUUCAAUAUUGGCCUGCUACAUCCAGUGAAUAUGGCCAAAUCGAGGUAGAAACAUUGGAGACCAAAAGUUACGCUCAUUUUAUCAUACGUACGUUACGGUUAUCAAAAGUGGAUCCGGAUGUGGGUCAGCAAUCUCGCGUGAUUAAACAUUUUCAUUUUACUGAGUGGGAACUGGACAGUUUACCGUAUAUUAGCGCCUUUAUUGAAUUACGUCGACGAGUUCGUCAGUACACUGACAAAUUUCGUGCCGAUGCACCAAUUGUUGUACAUUGCAGCAACGGUGGCGGUCGCAGUGGCGCAUUUUUGGCAUUGGACGCAAAUUUGGAACUUUUGAAGAAGACAGGACAGAUUGAUGUAUAUGAAUAUGGUAAAAUAUUAAUUAAUGCUCGACCUCAUCUGAUCGAUUCGGUAGAUCAGUACCAAUUCAUUUAUGAUGCUCUCGCUGAGGCAGUCUUGUGUAAUAUCGAACCGAUCGAAAUGUGGAAAUUGAAGAAAAGGAGUAGUAUGUACAAAGCGAAGAAGAAUCGCCAGGUAAUGGAAGCACAGGUUGCUAAUGAAGCUAAGUUGCUAGUAAUGUUGACACCUACGUUGAGGAUUGGUGAUUGUGCUGGUGGUCAUCGGUUAGAGAAUCGCGGUAAAAACAGGGACGUAAUGGUAGUACCACCUGACCAUGCUCGACCGUAUUUACAAACGUUACACGGUGAAAGCAAAGAUUACACUUAUAUCAAUGCAGUUGAAGUAGAUGGUUUUAGACGGAAGAAUGAGUUUAUCGUAACGGAGUGGCCGAAAAAUUCAACACUGGAUAGUUUCUGGACGUUGGUUUUCGAUCAUAGUUGCCAUACCAUUAUUAAUUUAAGUAAUCAGGGGCGUUCUCGAGCAUAUCCAACAUUCCUACACAGCAAAGGAAAGCACACAUAUGGGCCUUUUGUUGUCGAAAUUUUAAAUCAUCAUCAAUAUCCAUCAAUGACCUCUCAUAUGGUCAAAAUUAUGAAGAAGUUAUUUAUGAUCUCAGAAAUAAUGGCAAACGGUACCAAUCAACAGCAGUUGGAAGCCGAAGUUAGAAUAUGUUGUGUUAUACAGAUUCGAAUGUGGCCAAUUGAAAACAAGGUUCCAUCAUCAACUUCUGGUCUUAUUGAUAUGAUAAAAAUGGCUCGCAGCUGGCGGAAACGUGCCCCAGAAAGACCGGAAACAAAACCCACAAUUGUUAUGUCACAUAAUGGUGUAAAUCGAUGCGGCAUUUAUAUAGCUGCUAAUGUAUGUAUUGAUCAAAUGGAUAUGGAUCAUGAAGUUGAUGUCUUUCAUGCUGUCAAAUUGAUUAGAAUGAACAGACCACAACUUGUUGACAGAGAUGAAUAUAAAUACUUGUAUGAUUUGAUGCUACACUGGUACAUGACCAAUCCGGAAUAUCGUAUUUUUGACCAAAAAGAGGAAUCACGAGAUUCAGCAUCGCAGAAUAGUUCGUUACGUAAUUUAAUACGCUCCAGUAAUCCAACAACUAUUUUGAAUGCUAACCAUAUUAGUUGA